UCAUCCAACGUGGUUCCUGCAAAUUGUAUCACAUCAUUGUUUUCAAAACAUUAACAAACCCAUAUUCGAAUAUUUGAUCUUCGGAUGUUUUAUUUUUCUCUCAGGUGAAGCAUCAAACAUCUGGCGUGUCGUAUUUUAGCCAUUUUUAGUUAAUCAUGUUUCGUGAUUCUAGUAAAAAAAAAAGUUCAUUUUCUAGUAAGUUUUGUUAAAGAUUUUGAAACUUGAGUUAGUAACAAGAUUUUGGUAAUAGUUUAAAGAUUUUGAAAUUUGAGGUGAGAUUUUAGUAGCUGGGUUUAGAAUGAGUGAUGCUCAAAGUAAUGCCAAUAGUUUGCCCCCAUUUAUCGCCAAGACUUAUGAAAUGGUCGAUGACCCUUUGACCGAUCAUAUCGUGUCGUGGAGUCAUAACAAUCGAAGUUUCAUCGUGUGGAACCCGCCUGAGUUUUCAGGCGAGUUGCUUCCAAGAUUCUUCAAGCACAAUAACUUCUCGAGCUUUAUCAGGCAACUUAAUACAUAUGGUUUUAGAAAGAUCGAUCCAGAACAAUGGGAAUUUGCGAAUGAAGACUUUAUAAGAGGCCAACCGCAUCUUUUGAAGAAUAUCUAUAGGAGAAAGCCCGUUCACAGUCAUUCAAUGCAGAACGUUAAGACGAAUGGAGCUUCUACAUCUUCUCCAUUGACUGAAUCAGAAAGAACUCGAUACAAAAAAGAGAUACACAGGCUGCGUUACGAGAAAGAAUCGCUAUCAAUAGAGUUUCAAAAGCACGAACAAGAACAAAAAGAGAUUGAAUUAGCAGCACGUGCGUUGACUGAGUGUUUAAAGAUUGCUGGAGAGCAUCAGAAAGAUAUAUUGUGUGCCUUAGAUAAUACUUCACACCAAACGGCUCUAGUUAAUUUGGAGAAAACUGAUCGAAAGAGAAGGCUUUCUACUGCUGAAGUUAACAACUCCUUUAACGUUGAUAUUUCUGACGACAGGCUAACUACAGACGCCCUUUUAGCGUUAGAUUUGGAAUUGGUGGAUCAGUUGGAGUCUUCUCUUAUGUUUUGGGAGGAUAUAUUGAUUGAAUAUCAUGAUGCUUUUGUACAACCUAAGUUGGAUCAUGAGCUACUAAUAACUCAAAAAACAGGAUCAAAGGAUAAUUAUGAGAUUGACAUGAAUUCUGAGACGUUCAAGACCGUUGUCACAGACGAAGAGCAAGAAACAGAGAAUUUAAAAUCUGAGCAGACAAGUGUAAACGACGGGUUUUGGGAACAGUUCUUGACGGAGAAUCCUGGUGGUUCAAUGACAGAUAACGAUCGCAAAGGGUUUGAUCUAUACGGUAAAUUUUUGUGGAACACAAGGAAUGUAAAUAGUCUUGCAGAAACAACUUAAAAGAUUUGUUUAUGUUUUUGAGUUUUGGUGUAGAAGUAUGAUGUUCCCUUAUGGGGGGUGCCUGUAAAUGUUAGGGGUUGGCAGAGACAUUUCUUAGUGCAUUAGAUGUAUGCAGAUACAAAGACAUUGAAAUUCAAAUCAUAUUUUUAUUUUUA